AUGACUGGCAAGCUCGGUGCCCUCGGGAGCUCGCAGGCUGCCUUUGUUGACUUGACCGACGAUGACACAUACGACUGUCUCGUUAUUCGUCCCAUGUUACCAUCUGCAGCAAGGCAAACCACCCGCCAAACCACAGACGGGUCCUCACAAGCAUUGGCCAGCUCACGUGUCAACGACGUGAGCUUUCAAUCCAACACCACCAAUAGCUAUGUGGCUCACUUGUCGUCUGCGCCCUUUCAAGGCGCACAAAGAUCCGUGUCCGGCCCUCCGCCUAAACACAACAGAGCCAACGCCUCGAACGGUCAUUCCGGGUCGCCCUCACAGCCAUCUCCGUCACCCGUUAACUGGGACCUCGGAGAGCCUAGGGAUCUAGAUGACACUGCUUUCAAGCCAGGUGUUGACACUUUCGAUAACUACGCUGGACCUUACUCUCCUAUGUCCAAGCUCAGAACCACUAGUUCUCGUGGGGCGUUGCGCGACAACCCUGUGCCCAACGGCUCUUCUGACUCGGCUGUGUCGCCGACUGGGAAGAAUAAUGUGACACCACACAAAGGUAAAUCGGUCUUGUCCAUAGAGGCUAUCGAGGCCAAACUUGUACAAUUUCUCGACGAUGUGCGCGAUGAUCACAUGGCACUUGUCAAGUUCUGCCAUGAGGACACCUUUGCGGAUCUGCCGGAGCGUCAGAAUUUAUCGGCCACAGAUCAUUUUAUGGCUUUGAAAGCGGAAGAGGUUGGUCAUCAAGUUGAUGAUAACACUGCCAUGAAAAUCAAGAUCAAACAACAUGGCGGGAGAGACGGUCCUCAGAAGCAGCGAAGUUCCGAACUACGCCGUUAUCGUGCAAUUUGCAUCAAGUCGGAUAAAAAGGCUGUUCCCAGCUAUCGUUUCCAUCACGUUCAAAUCGGCAAGAACAUCCUAAGUCCGAACGCAGGGUUGAAGUUCACACCGCAUUUGCGAGAUAUGGGCGCUGCCGAGGAGAGAACUUUCAACAUGUGGAUCAGCGAGCUGAAAGAGAUGGAUCGCAAGUCGGGUCUGGAUGUCGAUAAGCAAGGUGCCGAGGGCAAACGAAUGAUUCAACGAGACGAACUCGCUGCCACGAUCUCGCUCUAUCUGGAUUACUGGCUUCAACAGCUCCAGAUGGAAUGCACCAAAUCGACACUCAUUCGGCAUAUGGCCAGUCAUGGUGCUUGCACACUCGACUCUCCACAAGGGCCUCCGAAACAUGCUCUCACUCCCAAGCAAAGGUCCUCCAUUCUUGACUCACAUAGCACAGAUGCAGAUGGACCGGGCGCAACAGCAGCCGCCACAAGCUUCACCAUUGCUUUCAACAACGUUUUCAGGGGGAGGCUGACGCUGCAUGAAGUUCUAUCGCUGGAAGAGACGGUCGAGAUUGUAAUGGACACACGCACGCGGAUCAGAGACGCCGCGGCUCGUAGCAACGCCCAGGAGGAGUUGCCCGAUGAAUCCCUGGUAAAGACGGUAGGGGCCUGGCUGACCAGUUACACCUCUCAAGGCUGUCUAAUCUGUUUCAGACACUCUUGUGAGCACGGUGAAUAUCUUCACGACAACGCAAAGCGCCCCUUCUCGAUCGACUUGCUGGGAGGCAUGGAAGUCAUGCUAAAGUCCCGUCUUGUCGAGGAGGCCGAGAGGAACCACACGCACCGCGAGCCUGGCCGUCCCAGAAACUGCAGUCGCAAAUGCUACGUCUCUUACCAAACGGGUAACCGUGAGAUCCCCAGUAGGCGGUGGAACAUUGAGGAAAGAAUGAUACUUCGCUGUCUAUUUUUGGUACUGAACACAUCCGACCAGCCUAUCACCGUCGCGGCACAGUGUGUCGUGGCUGAAAUAUUGGACAUCAAUUGUUUCGAAGUCCACAGAGAAGUCAUUCGUCUCCGCCUGGAACGGCCCCAGGAGCUGCAAGGCCCAGUCGGUAGCGAGUUGGAAAAUAACAAGCGGGUCAAGGUCCUCGAUUGGUAUGACAAGAACCGCAAGAUGCUCAUGGGUGACUGGAAGCAACACACUAGACUCUUUGAAUCUGCAAGAUUUGAGGGUUUUGAUCCAUGCAUACACGACGGGCCCUGUACGGCUGCCAAUGGCUGCAACUGCGCCAAGCUGGGUGUCUUUUGCGAACGCUUCUGUCGCUGCACAGCCGAGUCUUGCGCCUUGAAAUUCACAGGCUGUGCGUGCCAUGCCUCUGGCGGCGGAAAAACCUGUCUCUCUCGGCAGCGUGAAGGUCGACCCUGCAUCUGCGUGCAGCUAAACCGGGAGUGUGACCCUGUGCUCUGCGGUGGGUGUGGCGCAAAGGAGCGCGGCGACCCAAAAAAUGCCUUCAACGAGACUUUACACCGGACAGGCUGCCAGAACUGCCCUUUGCAGCGUGGUGUGCACAAGCCCCUGUGUCUUGGUGAAUCAGGCAUUGAAGGCUGCGGCUACGGCCUGUUCACUGCUGUCGACAUUGCUGCAGACGAGUUCAUCAUUGAAUACGUGGGAGAGCUUAUUCAACACGAUGAGGGAGUGCGUCGGGAGGCGCGGCGCGGAAACGUGUUUGACGAAGAGUCCAACGUGUCGUAUCUGUUUACGCUGCUCGAGGACGAUGGCAUAUGGGUCGACGCAGCCGUUUACGGCAACCUCAGCCGCUACAUGAAUCACGCGUCUGAAAGUGACGGUAACAGCUGCAAUGUUGUGCCCAAGAUCAUGCAAGUCAACGGCGAUUUCAGGAUUAGAUUUACAGCGUUACGUGACAUCAAGGCUGGCGAAGAACUCUUCUUCAAUUACGGAGAGAACUUUCCCAACUUGACCAAGCAGCGCCGAAACGAGGCAGAUGAAGAGAGGAAUGCCGCCAGCAAACCCGCUCAAGGAGCUGCCAAGGUAGACGAAGACUAUCGCACGCCAGGCAACAAACAGAGGCGCGUUGCCAACAAUACACCUGGCCCGAAGCCUCGCGGCAAGCGCGGCGGUGCCAGACCCGGUGCGGGAAGAAAGCCGAACAGUGCCAAGCUAGCUCUUGCUCAAGCCGCUGCCAAACAGAAGAAGAAGCCCGGUCCCAAACCUCGUAGUGGAGGCGUGCCGGGGGCAAGCGGCGCGCGAAAGAGUGCACCCCCUGUCGCCAAGCCUUCUGAUCCCGUCGAUGUAGGCUAUGAGACAGGGGCAGCAGCACCGUACUUUGCGCUCAAGGACGAUCACAAGGAAGAUGAAGACCACGGUGACAAUGAUGAUGGCGAAUACCGUACCUCCAGGACCACCGCGGGCGCCUCGGGCGCGAGUGAACAAAGUUCGUCCCAGAAGCGAUCGACUGGGGCAAUGUCCCGGCUUCGGAAGCGCAAAUUUGAAAGCGAUAACGGCGAUGACGAAGACGGCGGCGACUACGCAGGCACUAAUAAUGACGAUGCCAGGUCGUCAUCCGAGGGUGGCAACGUCGCCGUAGCCACCGCUAGGCCCUCGACGCGACGUAGUGGCGCCGGCGCAACGCGGAUGCGUGUUGCCAACGCGCGGCUCGUAAGCGUAAGUCCUACGGGCACAAGGCGAAAUAGGCCUGAUCAUAUGAACGUUGACUACUCGGAAGUUCUAGACUCAUCAGUGGAAGAUGAGGAAGAUGACGAAGAUGUGGACGACGUGUUGGACCGCUCCCGUCGGAGGCGGCAGCCGCCUGUACGAUACCGUAGGGGCCCUUGA